AUAAAAUGGAGACAACUUAUAAAUGUUCAUUUUGUUAAAACAAUAUCUAAAUGAGUCAAUAAUCAUUUCAUAAAUAUUUAUGCUUAGAUUAUUAAAUCACUCAUUUUGUCUCUAAGAUUAUUAGAUUGGAGAAACACAAUAAACUGUCUUCAGAUAAAUGGGAUUUCAUUAAUAAGUACAUAGAAUUGCUUUACAACCAUUACAGAGAAGAAGUUAUUCAAAAAAGUGUGUUUAUUUCAGAGAUAUAAAAAGAGGAAUGAAUUAUUAAAUUAUUUAUGUUAUCAUAUUAUAGUACAGGACAGUUUCCUAAAUCUUUAGAUCCACCCUCUCGUUUCAAGCAACGAUAAGCAAGCAAAGGAGAUGGAGAAUCUAUGUACAAAAGAAACUUUGAAGAUCCCCAGAAACAUGAUUUCAAACAAAGUGCUCAUGCUUUGAAUUAAGAGUUCCAUCAUAAACAAUACCAUAAAAUUAAUGCUGACUAUAAGGAUCGCUUCUUUGAUACUAUGCAUAACACUACAAAUCAAUAAAAAUAGGAAGAUAGGCUAUUUUAUGAAAGUGCUGCACGACAACAGAAUCUAGAUUAACCAAAUCAUUUGCAUAAUUGGAAAAUUGUAAAGGAGAGACAAUAUGCAGAACGAGUGCAAUAACAAUCUAAAUGUGAUCAAGGGAAACUUGUAAGCAAGAAUGAAUAUUAAGCUACUCAAUCAUCAAAUACUGAAUCUAAGACCAAUACCUUGGCUAGAUCAAAUAUGUUCGAAAUAUCAAAGCCUUUAUUAAGAAUUAACAAUGAUCUCAAAAGCUAAUAAUUGAUAAAAAAUGUGUAGAUCGUAUCUGAUGAUAUCCCCGAUUGGUGUUCCUCUACUAAUAAAUAUUAUACUCCUGAACAUAUUGAAGAAAUUAAGAAGUAAAGACAGUAACAAUUAGCUAAAGCUGACAUCUUGGGUAAUUUUAUUAAGGAACCCAAGAAGGAUCCCGAUAAUAAAGUUUAUCAAGACAAUCCCUUUGUUGGCUAAAGAUAUGAACCUAAACGCAUGUGUUUAUUUUAUGACAAACCAGAUCAUGUGAGGGGAUAAUAAUGUGCUACUUAGGAUUUAAGCAAAUCUAAAGUGAAUUUAACAUGGAAAGAGAAUGUUUCAUCCUAAAGAUUUGAACCGAGAUUACCAGUGUCCAUAGGAAGAACAGAUUAACCUGUGAUUAAAUCCCUUAAUUAAAAAAGAGAUCCCAAUUUUCCAAAAGUAGAAAAAAUUGGAUAAUCAGAUGUUUAUAAAAAAAUAGAAAAGGAUAAACCAAUCCAAUUAAAAAUUGGCCAUGGUUCUCCUUCUACGUUGAAUCCAGUCAAAUAUUGACAUAUUUGUUACAUAAUUUAAUUGUUUUAAAUAUAAUACUAUUUAUUCUA